ACUCCUCAUAAAGCCAACACAUCAAUACGCAACUGUCACCCAGCAUCAUAUUUUAAAUAAGUUCAGCGUGUGACCGUUGCUGUAACUAUAAAAUAUUAUGUUUAAUCUAAAAACUGGAUCUGUAUUUAUGUCGUACAGAAAAAAAGAUAAAUCUUUAUUAAAUUAUCAUAAAGUUUUGUUUGUACGUAGGAAGUUGAUACUUUAUUUAUGUAGGAUCGCUAUUUGAUGUCACAAAGAAAGUUUUAAAAAGUCCAAAACAAAAAUAUUUUUCUAAAAAAUGCAUAUGAAACCGGAAAGAUCUAUCAGUACAUCAUACUACAGUACAAAUUAUCAAUAUACAUACGUCAACAAAGAUGAAGAUCGAGAUAAAAUGCGUGGUAGUCGUAGGGUAGUGAUUUUUUGCUUAUUGACUACGCUGCUACCUACAACGCUGAUAGUGAUCCCUUUAUAUUUAAGAAAUAUUAAAUAUGCUGAUGUUAUGUAUCGCAUAUCAGAUUCUGAUGUAAUACAAAUACACAAAGGACAAUCUUCAGUUUUCUGUGAGAAACACACACUACAAAUGAAUACUUCUUUUAAUGCUUUUCAAAUGAGUGGCAUACCGGAACUUUCAGAGAAAAGAAAGCACAUUCGACUGAAAAAAUCAAUGACUCUGCCAGAUGACACUUUGGAAUACUGGGGUUUUUAUCUGUUAAAAGGCGCCACAGUAGAACUCAAGGCCUGUUCAAGAUAUGAUGGCUCAAAAAUCUUAGUUGUAAAAGGUGACAGAAUACUGAAUACAUGUGGUAUUUUAGACAGACGAAAAUUUAAGAAAGAACCUUCAUUAGCCGAAAAUCAAGGAACUGUACUGGUAACAUUACAAAAUCCUAAUAACAAAAAGGAGAGCGAAAUUUAUGCCAGAAGUACUCACCGUGAAAAGGCCAAGGAUCCGUUGGACGAAGACAUACAAACAAAACCUAAAUUUGAAAAUAUUUACUUGAAAUCACAAUUUACAUCAGGCACAAAUAAAAAGCAGCAAAAAAGAGAUACACGCACCAAAUUGCAUAAUCCUAAUACUAUUCUUGAUACAGGAGUACAUCACGGCGGGAAUGCGUUUAACAGUACUGUCAAGCCAGACAAUAGUGCUGUAUCCAGUUUCGAGAUAAAUUUAUACGAUUGCUACCAAGAUAAUAUAUUGAUGAAUGAGUAUUUUCCCUUUUCAAUUCAGUGUAAUAGUACAAACUAUUUGGAAGAGACUACAAUUUUAAAAGUUAUUCAUGAAGUGUUAGUGGAUGGAUAUUACUAUUACAUGUUUUAUAGUGAUAACGAUAUUGUAUUUAACGACAUUCAUGCAAUUUUUGACAUUUAUAAGCCUACAUUCCAAUAUGUCAAUAACUCUAGUUCCAAAAUGUGCAUCAAUAAAACAAGAUGUGAAUUUGAUAUAGGGUUUUUUAGUGACGAACUUGUUAUUGUAGAAGUGCCAACAAAAGGCGGAUUGCGGAACGAUGAGGACGAUACGUCUGUUCUAAUUUCCGUUUGUCUUCCCAGAAAAUCCGUUUACAUAUUUUUCCCCAUUGCUGUUCUUCUUCUGAUACUACUUUUUGCAUUUUUAUGAUACAUAAUUAAAGCUAUGCUUCAUGUGGCAAUAGUUACAAUGAAUAUUUCAAGAGGUGAUAUUAAUUUAUUGAUAGUAUUAAUAUUCACAUAAUUUUUGAACAUUGUAUUUCUUCUAAAAGUGAAAGCUAAAUAUUAUAAUAAUUUUUUUUUAGAAGACUUUGUUACUUCUAAUAUUUCCCCAUCAGUUAUUUGUGACCAUGUUUUAAGAAUAUAUGAUUGUUGCUCUAUAAUGACUUGUUAAUAAAUAUGAAAUUCCCUACAUACAAUUUUAAUUACUUGAUUAUUGCAUUUUUUCAGAUUGAGAAAAUUUAAUGUAUAAUUAUUUGUUAGAACCACAAUAUGUAACCAAUAUUAUUUAUCUCUGUCAAAAAUAAUUAACAUUUUAAACAAAAUUUAUUCGAAAAAUAUAAAUCAUUUGAAAUAUAAAAUUAUUUUAAAAUCAACAUUUAAAGUUAAAUGCAAAAAUUAAAUGUAAAAAAUUGUUAGGGGUACAGGAUUCAAAAAGGACCUGCUGAAAAAAUCAGUGAUCAUUAGAGGAAAUUUCGAUUUAUUAUUUCCACAUAGAAGUAUCCAAAGUGCGUUUCACAGGCUCAGUGGGUAGAUCUUCUGCAAAACAAAAUUUAUACAAUUCAAUACAGUUUAGACAAUAGAAUCCCAAUUAGGGACAGAGUAUUACAAUUUCCACAUGUCAAUAACAAUACAUUUGGAUAGGCAUUUAAUUUUAUUUAUUAGCAUAUUACAAAAACAGAUACCAUAUUAUGUACAGUUGGAAAAGUUACAAUGUUAUUUCCUCCUAGUACUUUUGUGAUUGAAAUAGCCUCUCCAGAACCCAAUUAGACCUCUGUGCAAGUGGCAAAAAGGCCUAUGUGGAAAGGGGGCCAUCCGGCAAAGCCGGGCUUAUUCCUACCUAUGUAUAUUAAACUUAUAUUGAUACGUCUAUAGUAUAGUGUAUUCAUUAAUUAAAACUAAAACGAAUAUAUCGGUCCAAAUGAAAUAAGUUCCAAUAAAAAUUCGGCAGUGUUAGGUAGUUAGGAGUCUUGUCCUAAUACACACACCUUAUAAAUAUCGCAAUAGAACGCAGGACACAGAAUAUAAAUCGGAAAAAUGUAGGCGCCUUAGAUGAGGUUGGCCACAUCACUGGGCAUUUCAACGAUACUAGUGUGGUAGAAGUCCUCAAUAUCCUUCAGUGCUCUCCUGUCAGCUUCAGUCACAAAGUUGAUAGCAAUUCCCUUACGACCAAAACGUCCACCUCGUCCAAUCCUG